GCUGUUCACUCAAAAUUAAUUUGAAUUUUAAAGCAUCCACAACGUGCUAACCGUUAUCGUUAGAUCGCAAGCUAAGUUAAAAGAAAAGAAAAUGUUUAAAUUCUUCGCUCCCAUCGUCGCCGCCCUCUGCGUUUCCUCGAUUUGCCUCGCAAAUGCCCUACCCGCCGUUAGUGGCCUGUACGGUGCUCCCUUACAUGGUGCCGGUGGCUCUGCUGCUGGCCGUGGAGGCGCUGGAGGAGCCAGUAGUGCUGAUGCUCAUGCCGAAAUACGCAGCUUCACCAAUGAUCUGAAAGAAGAUGGCAGCUACAAUUAUCAAUUCGAAACCAGUAAUGGCAUUUCGGCACAAGAGUCUGGUGUUGGCGGUUAUUAUGCCACCGGCUCAUCACAAUACUAUUCUCCGGAGGGUCAAUUGAUUCAGCUUACAUAUACUGCCGAUGAGAAUGGUUUCCAACCGCAGGGCGCACAUUUGCCCACACCUCCACCAAUACCAGAGGCUAUCCUUAAAUCUUUGGAAUACAUUCGCACCCAUCCACAGCAGGAAGAGCAGCAACAGUACGGUUCGCAGCAAGCUCGGGGACACGCAGCGGCUCCACAACAACAGUAUGGCGCACCUUAUCGUAAAUAUUAGGUGUAAAAACUUAUGAAGAGAACGAAAUAUUUAUACGUGUAUGCUCGAUUGUAUGACUCAUCCUUAACGCUCGUUAAGGUAAAUGAUUUGAAAGCAUAUGAAAUUAUAAUGAAACCGUUAAGUAGUGAGGUCGAAUUUGUAAUGUGGAGAUUUUUAUAUUUACUUGUGAUAGAAUGGCAGAUUGAAGUUGACAUGGUUACAAUGAAGCUAUGCUCACCGCUUUGUUAGUUUAAUAUAAAUAUGUACAUACACACAUACAUAUAUAUGCAUAGUGAAUAUAACUUUUUUAUUGAA